AUGGCCACUUACGGCACGGAACAGGGGGGCUACUAUGGAGGAGGAGGUGGAGGAGGCUUGCAGCCACCUGCUGGAGGGAAUCCCUACGCGUACCAGCCGCAGCCCACAACGUCCUACCCACCUCCCCAGGGCCAAUAUCCGCCACCGCAGGGCCAGUACCUGCCCGAUCAGCAGUGGGCUCCCUCCUCGCCGCCCCCGAAGGAAUUCGGUGCGCCCGGUGGAGGAGAGUACUACGAGGAAUCGCCUCUCCAGCCAGCAGAAAAGUUCCAGCCUGCGAGCGGCUACCGUGAUUUCGCGUUCUACAUCGCCUUCGUCGUCCAUCUCUUGGCGGCUGGUGCCAUCUUUGGCAUUGGCUGGUUCACCUUCGCGAGUGGCAAGGGUGCCGACAACAGCGAAGGAAAGAUCAUCAACGAAGAUGACCUCGACAAGACGACCACUUUCCACAUUUUCCUCACAGCUGCCGUCUGCGCAGCCGUCGCUGCGCUUUCGGCCGGCCUGUGGUUGGUGAUGUUCAAGUACUUUGCCAGACAGUUGAUCUACCUCUCGAUCGGCUUCUCUGUACUCUUCACCGCCGCCAUCGCCGUCUUCUCCUUCAUCUAUGGCAACAUCUGGGCCGGCGUCAUCUUCGCCAUCUUCGCGGUGAUCUCGGCUCUGUUCUUCUGGCUGUGGAGGAGCCGCAUCCCGUUCGCCGUGGAGAUGCUCAAGACCGUCUCCGUGCUCGUGCAGAACUAUCCCGGCACCACCACCGUCGCCUUUGCUUCGCUGAUUUUGCAGUUCGGUUGGUUCGUGUUCUGGAGCGUCGCCAUCUUCCUCGUCCAGCAGUACACUCCCGUGCUGGCCUACGUCCUCAGCAUCUACCUCCUCUUCUCCUUCUACUGGGUCUCGCAGGUGAUCAAGAACGUGGUGCACGUCACGGCGGCUGGUGUGUUUGCGUCGUGGUACUUCCUGCACGGCACGGUGGGCGUGCCGCCCAACCCCACGCUCGGCUCGUUCAAGCGCGCCACCACCACCUCGUUCGGCUCCAUCUGCUUCGGCUCCCUCAUCGUUGCUCUGCUGCGCACGCUUCGCAUGAUCUUCCGGUCGUUCAGGCAGAACAGUGACAACAUCGCCAUCGUCAUUCUGGCCUUCAUCGGCGAGUGCAUCGUCGCCUGCCUCGACCAGCUGCUCGAGUACUUCAACCAGUACGCCUACGCACAGAUCGCGAUCUACGGCAAGUCCUACUGCCGCGCGGCCAAGGACACCUGGCACCUGGUCCACAGCCACGGCAUCCAGGCCAUCAUCAACGACAACAUCAUCGGGAGCGUUCUUUCUAUGGCCUGCCUUGCGUCGGCCGUGGUCACCGGCGUGCUCGGUGGCGCAAUGAUCUACGCGCUCGAGGACGACUACUACAUUCCUGUCGGUAUCAUCUGCGGACUGAUCGGCUUCGUGAUGGUGAUGCAAGUGUUGGAGAUCGUGGAGAGCGCGGUGACGACCAUCUUCGUGUGCUUCGCCGAGGAGCCCGAGGCCCUGCAGAGGAACAGCCCCGAGCUCUACCACAAGUUCCAGACCACCUACGGCAACAUCUGCGACUUCCUUGUCUAG